CCGCCCCGGCCCGCAAUGGCGGCGGCAACGCCGGCGGGAGCCGGUUGUGGGCGCCGCGCGCAGCCUCGGCGCGGUGGCGGCGGCCGGAAGUUCCGGGAACGAGAUGGGCGGAGCGGGGAUGUCACUACUGAAUCUGGAAGAGCAAACAAGGUGGAAGAAAUGUUAGUAUCACAACUGACUUCUCAUUUAGUGAAGGCUUCACGAAUUGCAGGACACCUUUUGCCAAGGUCAGUCUCUUCCAUUCUUUGUUCUCAUUCUACAUCUGCAAAGUAUAGCACUCAGCCAUCUAAUAAGAAUGGAGUCCAACCUCAGCAGUGGAAUGCGCUGGACCCUGAGCUGGAAGAGAUGCUGGUCCCCAGAAAACUGUCCAUCAGCCCUUUAGAAAGCUGGCUAACAGUUAGAUACUUGCUUCCUAAAGCAGAAGUCAUCAAUGUUCAUGAAAAAGUAGACUAUGAACCUAUCCAGCAAUAUGACUGUCCGACAUCUGAUGUGGGAGCUGAGGUGGAGGAAGGGGAAGGAACACUUGGCAAUAGGCUUGAAUGUAAGAAUGUUUUGAAGAUCCGCAGGAGGAAAAUGAACCGGCAUAAGUUCAAAAAGUUGCUAAAGCGAAGAAAGUUCAUACGGAGGAGGAUAAAGGAAGGUCGUAAGAAGAAACGUCAGAUAAAGUUUGAGAAAGAUUUGGAGCGCAUCUGGAAAAGAGCUGGUUUGAAAAAUCCUCCGUCAGGAUGGCAAACACCCAAGAUAUUUUUGAAAAGUUCAAAGAGAUAAAAAUGCUUGUAAUAAAGUUUGAUCUAUAACUUAAA